GUGGAAGAGACGUGUGCAUCACAUUUACUGAUCCCCGGUCUGCUUUCGAAGGCGCAACUCUCCACCCGUCCACCUCUCAGCUUCAUUGCCACCUUAUCUGGUUGUUACCUGUCCGUAUUUAGUGAUCGAAAUGCCGCUAAAGUUUGAGCUGUGCCCCGGUAGGAUGAUCGGAGGAAAUCAUCCGUGCUUCAUCAUCGCUGAAAUCGGACAAAACCACCAGGGAGACAUUGAGAUUGCCAAGAAAAUGAUAAAAAUGGCAAAGGACUGUGGAGCCGAUUGUGCCAAGUUCCAGAAAAGUGAAUUAGAACAUAAAUUCAACAAGAAAGCCCUGGAGCGCAAAUAUGAAACCAAAAACUCCUGGGGGAAAACUUACGGUGAACACAAGCGCCACCUGGAGUUCAGCCAUGAGCAGUACAGGGAGCUGCAGAGCUACGCGGAGGAGGUGGGGAUCUUCUUCACCGCCUCAGGGAUGGAUGAGAUGGCAGUGGAGUUCCUGCAUGAGCUCGAUGUGCCUUUCUUCAAAGUGGGCUCUGGAGACACCAACAACUUCCCAUAUCUGGAGAAAACAGCCAAGAAAGGACGGCCCAUGGUGGUGUCCAGCGGGAUGCAGUCGAUGGAGACGAUGCGUCAGGUCUACAAAACGGUGAAGAAACACAACCAGAACUUUGCCAUCCUGCAGUGCACCAGCGCCUACCCUCUGGAAGCCGAAGACGUCAACCUCCGAGUGAUAAUGGAAUACCAGAAGGAAUUUCCAGACAUUCCCAUUGGAUAUUCCGGCCACGAGUCCGGGAUCGCUAUAUCAAUCGCGGCUGUAGCUCUGGGGGCGAAGGUCAUCGAACGUCACGUGACCUUGGACAAGACGUGGAAAGGAAGCGACCACGAAGCUUCUCUGACACCCGAUGAGCUGACAGAGCUGGUUCAGGGCAUCCGGCUGGUGGAGAGGUCGAUGGGGAGCGGCCUGAAGCAGAUGUUACCGUGCGAGAAGCCGUGCCAUGACAAGCUGGGUAAAUCAGUGGUGGCCAAGGUCCAAAUCCCCAAAGGAGCGACGCUGACUCUGGACAUGUUGACGGUGAAGGUGGCCGAGCCGAUGGGCGUCCGAGCCGAGGACAUCUACGAGCUGGUGGGAAAGAAGGUGACGGAGAGUGUGGAGGAGGACCAGAGCGUCACACCGGAAGUCGUUGAUAAAUACGGCAAGAAGGCCAAGUGCUGAGGGAGGCCAAGAGUUUUUGUAUUUGAAGAGGAUAAUAACGCCGUAAUCGAAUCUUUUGAGAUUUCCUCGUUUGUUCUCCUUUGCCAAAGAAUUUAAAAUGUUCCAAAAGUCGCCUUAAUAUAAUUUAAUUUGACUCCGCUAACGGGCUCUUCGUUAAACUCUGUGUUGCCUCACAUCAGGUGGUAGUUUGAUCUGGUUUUGAAACAUUAAAUGAAUAUUGAGCCUCUCAUGACGCAGCAGUGACAUCACAGGGCGUGAGGGUCAAACAGUCAGUGUCUCAGAGCGAUACACAGACACCUCCAGUCCUUUAAAUAUGAGUGAUCCGGCUGGGUUUGUACUCGUAGAGCGUCUUUGAGAGCAGCCACCAUGACACCAGUUAGAUUCAACUCUGAGAGGAAAUGUGCACACGCUCGUCUGCAGAGAUUUUUUAGAAGUCGUGUGUUUGCACAUUUCCUCGGUCAUCUGCAGACUCCCUAUAGCAGCUCGUCUCCUAAUCAGGUUGUUCACACACAUUUAUCAAUCUUAUCAUUUGGGAAUAUCACAGGAAUCUAAUGAAGGGUGAGAAGAUGAAACGUCUCAAUAAAAUAUUUCACCUGUU